AUGCAGAGAAUAUUAGAGAAGAAACACUUCAGAAACAAACAGAAAGAGAUAGAAUACAUUUCGAAGAAAUUGCAAUCUUACGAUUGGAAGACUUACCCUCACAGAUGUCUUCUUAUCUUAGAUGACUUUGCUUCUCAUCCUUUGUUAAAGAAUAGAGAACAAGACAUGUGUCGAAUUCUUAAGAAGCUCAGACACUUUAACAUUUCAGUUGUCAUUUGUGUACAGACAGCCAAGAGUUUAAGUAAGGAUGUAAAGAGAAUACUUACUGAUAUUAUACUUUUCCCCGGAUUGUCCGAAGACGAUUUCAUGGAACUUAUGAAAGAGUCCAUGGCAGGUAAGUUUGACAGACAUGAACUAUGGGAGAAGUACAAAGUCAUACAAGACCCUCAUACUUCUUUCAGAAUUCAUAUCUACGCAAACAAAGUUCAAAUUGUAAAAAGUCAAGCUUGA